UUCCUGGCUUGGCUUGAUUUGGGGCUUGCGAGGUCCUUUCACCUAGGCAUUUUUGGCUUCCACAGCACUGACAAAGCCUGAAGUGAGAGGAAGGUUACACUGCGCACUGUGCGACCGAGCACAAUUUGGUCAUUCUGAAUGGACUCAGUCCCCGUCAUCGUCCUCUGGACCGGCAAACCCAUGCGCUGUAUGCUCUCUUGCCGUCCUCCUACCCCGAGAAAGUUGGACAGACAGCAGAACCAAAGAGACGUUCAACCGGGCGGCCAGAAAACCUUGGAAGCUGCCCCGGAGGAAGUCGAGUCGAGUCAAAAGUGGAUUCUGUUGCGAGGCAAAACCAAGAAUUCAAGAUUUUUUCUCGGAGGAAAAGUCUUUGCUGGCAAAACUCUCGCUGACUGCUGCUGUUCGACUGCAAGCCCUCCAAGACGUGAUAUCCCUCGUGAUUUGACGACCCGAAUUAUGAACCUUGCACAAGUAUCCCGAUCGGGACGCUUGGCUGGUUUUAAUGCAGGCCCAUUGUUGUUCACUGUGCAGACCUCGGCCUUGCAGCACAAACUAUCGAUUAUGCAUUUUUCUUUCGUUCGAAUCGAGGGAUUUCGAAGAGUAAUAAUUGAUUUUCGACUGAGGUCCACCAGAAGCGGACCAUCAACGGUUUUCUCUUGGCUCUCAUCGCGUGCAGCCGGAUAGAAGGUUGCGAUAAGGCACGGCAAGGAAGAUUGGGGGCCCGGAGAAAUAGAUUGUGGGAGACAUUUCCGUGCUGCUGUCACUUUUCGUCGUGUCCCUGUCGUGCUCAUGUUCCCCUGCACUGCACUCUUCCAGCUGGGUCCUGGCAACAAUGUUUCAAGAGCUCACGCUGGGAGGUUUCACGAGGGAGCUUUGAACCUGAACUUUGG